AUGGGAAUUUGCUUCAGUUCCUCUGACUCAGUUAACCGGAGUCGUACUACCACCGAGCAAUUUAGUUCAGUGGCUGUGUCACACACAACACGUUACACAUCUUCAAGCGGCAGCAUUGUUUCUGGGGAUAGUAGAUUCUCAGCAGGCAGUGGAGGUGAUGAGGCUUAUCCAUCUGGAAAGAUAUUGCCCCACCCCAAUCUAAGGAUUUUCUCCUAUUCCGAACUUAAGACCGCGACAAGAAAUUUUAGAAGUGAUACAGUGCUGGGAGAAGGCGGUUUUGGGAAAGUUUACAAAGGUUGGCUAGACGACAAGUCCACCACCAAUGCUGGAAAUGGAUCUGUAAUUGCUGUUAAGAAGUUAAAUUCUGAAAGCAUGCAAGGAGUUGAAGAGUGGCAGUCUGAGGUGAAUUUCCUUGGCAGGCUUUUACAUCCUAAUGUAGUUAAGCUUUUGGGAUACAGUUGGGAUGAGAAAGAGCUACUGCUUGUUUAUGAAUUCAUGCAAAAGGGAAGCUUAGAGAACCACCUUUUUGGAAGGGGUUCUUCUGUUCAGCCACUUUCAUGGGACAUUAGGCUCAAGAUAUUAAUUGGAGCAGCUCAGGGUCUUGCAUUCUUGCAUGCAUCAGAUAGUACAGUUAUCUACAGAGAUUUCAAGGCCUCCAACAUAUUGCUUGAUGGGUCAUACAAUGCCAAGAUAUCUGAUUUUGGCCUGGCGAAAAUGGGUCCAACAGCUAGUAAAUCCCACGUGUCAACAAGGGUUAUGGGGACACAUGGUUAUGCUGCUCCUGAGUACAUCGCCACUGGGCAUUUGUAUGUGAAGAGCGAUGUCUAUGGUUUUGGUGUUGUUUUAGUUGAGAUUCUUACGGGUUUACGUGCACUUGACACAAAUCGUCCAACUGGGCAACAUAAUCUGGUUGAUUGGGUGAAGCCACAUUUAUACGACAGAAGGAAGUUGAAGAAAAUAAUGGAUUCACGUCUGGAAGGAAAAUAUCCAUCCAAAGCUGCAAUUCAAAUGGCACAGCUUGCUCUGAUGUGCCUUGAAAAUGAUCCAAAACAUAGACCAUCAAUGCAAGAAUUAGUUGAGAAACUGAAGCGCAUUGAGUCAGUGAAUGAGAAACCCAGAGAGACUAGAGCACAUUCUAGACGUCAGGCAGCUAAUCGACAUGCCCACCAACCAUUGCAAUCUCGUUCUCCACUUCAUCCAAGGCAAGACGAGAGUCCAGCGUAUCCACUGCCAUCUCGUAAAACUUAG